AUGAAUACAUUCGUGCAAGCCAUCAUCCUCCUCUUCAAGAACCACACGUCGCUCAUUCCUGUCGAUGUGACAACACCACCCAAAGCAGCACUCGCGGCAGAAUUUAAUUCAAUCUAUCUCGUCGCGCUGCCCGAAAUUCCAGACGGCUUUACAACUACCGAAUUCGUUCUUCGACUUUCCAAACCUCUCCAUCCUCGAGUAAAAACACAAAAUGAAGUAGGUUGGCUGAACUUCAUCGCAACACAAAAAAAUUCAUCGAAGAUCAGAGUACCGAAGUUAUUAUUCUGGAGUGAUUCUACGGAAGAAAUUGGCUUUGAGUAUACUGUGCUAGAGAAACUUCCUGGAGUGACGCUGUGCGAUAUUUGGGAGACUGUUGAUCCUCAGCUCUUAGUCUCACAAGUGGUGGACGUCAUCCUCGAACUACGACAGCUCACGUCAAAACUCGGUGAUAAGAAAUGGUUCGGAGGAAUAACUGGAGAUGGCAAGAAUCCAGGUCCCUUUGUCGAAGUAACAGGUUAUACCAGUGAGCAUAUCCGACAGUUCUGGCCGUCUUCUUCCUAUCCUUCAGAAUCGUACGAGACACUUAAUCUUACAACCGCUUUCAAUUCAUGGAAAGAAUAUCUGUCAGCUCGUCUGCAACGAGACAUCCAUGUUAUCGAAAUGCAUGAUUCCUGUACCACUUUACGUGGAUCUUUCCUCACUCGACUUCGGGAAAACAUUAUUCCUCGCAGCAACAGCAGUUUCGACGUUGAAGGAGUCAUCGCUCACAGAGAUCUACAUUUUGGCAAUCUUCUCUGGUCAACAGAAACAAAUUCAAUAAGCGGUGUACUUGACUGGGAAUUAGCUGGUAUAUAUCCACUAUCAGACUGGAAUCCGGGAAAUACUUUGUGGACUAUUACUACACCUACGAAAUCUACUUCAACGACGCAAGAGCGAUUCUUUGAAAUGUUGGAUGAGGAAUUGGCGAAAAGAGAUACUGGUAUUAUCGAAACGACGAUGGAGGAGAACAGUGAAGAGUAUCAUUAUCAAAGGAUUGUCAGUCUGACCUACUGGAUUGUACGCAGGUAUGUUGAAGGACGUGGGGAUGAGGAGAGAGUGAAAGGAUGGAUGAAGGAGUGGCAAGAACAUGCGACGGAAUUGGAUGGAUGUGACAACGUGAAAACAAAACAAAAGGAGAUAUCUUAA